UAUGACGUAAUCGGCGUCCGCUGCGUCGCUGUUGGAUGGAAAACACAACAUGGCGCUGUUUCCAGCAUUUGCAGCUGAAGCUUGUGAUUCAAAUGUCGGCAAAGAAACUGUCACGAAAGGGUUGGACUGGCUAAGCAAUCAGAGUUUCCGCAAUGAAGAUCCUCUAACACUGCACCAACUAAGCAUUAAAAAAGAGGAGCAUGCUACACAGAGUUUUUCUUUGGAGCAGCUGAAAGAAGAAAAUAGUGAAGAAACCAAAAUAAAAUCAAAGAAGAAGAAAAAGGAGAAAAAGAAGAAAGAGAAAAAAAAGUAUAAGAAGAAAGCCCAAAGGCAUUCAGAUAGUAGCUGGUCAGAUUCUGAUUCUGUCGAUCUCUCUGGUGAUCAUCUCAGCAAUUAUGAAAAGUGUAAGAAAGAGCCUGAAAGUGCAAGGAAACCUGAACCAAAUGCCAUUCAGAGUCACUUUCUUUGGCUUGAUGACUUGCAGCAACCUACAGACCAAUAUUUCUGCAUAGAUAGAAAAGGAGAUCCAGCCAACAAGGAAUAUGACUCCUUGUAUAGAGGAGAUAUUGCCAGAUACAAAAGGAAAGGGCAGUCUUGCCUUGGUCUAAACCCAAAGAAACAAUGUAUAACAUGGUCAGAUUCUACAUCUGUGAAGAAAAAAAAUGAGAAAAAACCUGAUCGAUAUUUCUCAAAGGCUGCCUCUCUAAUUAUCGGUACUGAGGGGCUUAUGGUUAACUACAGCGGAAAUGUGCAAAGCAGUGACCCUACUGCAUUCACCAGUGAUUUCAUGGAAGUUCCAGGUGUUAAAGAGGAGGAAACUACAGCUUCUUGUGCUCCAUUAUGGGUCAACCCCUUAGGAAUUUAUGAUGCAUCUACUACACUCUGGUUACAAGGGAAGGGGCAGCAAAAGAAUGAGGACCAAAGCAUUGGAUCACAACAGAGUGGUGAAAAAAUAAAUACUGCCAUGGCUUCUAAAGUUGAAGAGUUCAACAAGAAGCUAAGAGAAAACCCAGAGGAUAUCCAGGCAUGGCUGGAAUUUGUCAAUUUUCAGGAUAAACUGAUGAUGGGACCUAGUCCAUUCUGUGCUGCAGAGAGUGACUUAGAAGGGCGAAAGAAAUCCCUAAGGUUCAUUAUUGAGAAGAAAAUCUCUAUGUUGGAUCGAGCCAUUGAGAGCAACCCAAGCAGUGUGGAGCUCAAGUUAGCCAGACUAGAGCUUUUCAAGGAAUUAUGGGAACCAUCUGCUUUGCUCAAAGAGUGGCAGAAGCUCAUCUUCUUACACCCAAAUAACACAGAAUUAUGGAAGAAAUAUUUGCUGUUCUGUCAAAGUCAGUUCAGCACCUUUACUGUGUCAAAAAUGAAUAGCAUAUAUGGAAAAUGCCUCAAAACGCUUGCAGCAGUUCAUGACGGUUGCAUGGUGUCACAUCCUGCAUUACCAGAUACAGAAGAAGCAUUACUAGCAAUAUUUCUUCAGCAAUGCCACUUUCUUCGACAAGCCGGACAUUCUGAAAAAGUUAUUUCCCUUUUCCAGGCUAUGAUUGAAUUCACAUUUUUUAAACCAGACAGUGUAAAGGAUCUGCCAACCAAACAGCAGGUUGAGUUUUUUGAACCAUUUUGGGAUUGUGGAGAGCCUCGCUUUGGAGAAACAGGUGCUAGAGGAUGGCGUGCAUGGAUGCACCAGCAAGAAAGGGGUGGGUGGAUUAUUCCAAAUGAAACAGCUGAUGAAGAUGCUAGUGGUGAUGAAGAUGAUGAUAAUGAACUAAAAGAUAAAACAUGGCCAAAGUGGAAAAUCUGGCUUAAUGUGGAAUGUUCACGUGAAGUGAAACAUUGGUUGCCAUGGAAACCUGAUAAAUCAAAGGGACAGACUGAAGAGGAUUGUGAGGACCCUGAAAGACAAGUUUUGUUUGAUGACAUUGGACCUUCGAUGAUAAGGAUAUCAAAACCAGACCUUGUUUUUCAGAUGGUAACUUCCUUUUUGCAGUUCAUGGGCCUUCCAGUGGGCUCUAAUUUUUGCAGUCCAUACUGGAGUAUACUGUUGGAUGAGAUGUCGGCAGUUGGCUGUGGACUGGAGGAAAACAGUCCUUUGACUUCUAUGGAAACACAGUGUAAUGGCAUUGGGUGUGUUGGACACAUAUAUACAUUUAACAGUGUAAAACAAGAAAUCAUUCACCAUAAAUUUGGAGAGCAGUUUGUUCAUAAUGUUUUACUCCAAGUUCUCCCCUUGUUUCCUAAGAAGGAGAAGUCACUUUUGUCUCUUUAUUGGCUGCAAUAUGAGAAAUACAAGGUAAUUCAGCAUCGUCAGAAGCAAAAUAAGAAGCAAUUAAAAUCUCAGGGGAAAAAAAGUAAAAAACUAGCAAAAAACCUACUAAAGGAAUCUGAAAAUCGGAAUAACUUGGCUCUUUGGAAGGAAUAUGCUCAUUUGGAAUGGUUACUUGGCAAUAAAGAAGAGGCGCGCAAAGUCUUUGAUACAUCAGUUACAGUGGCAAUAAGUCUGGGUCUUGAGGACACAGAUUUGUGUAGUCUGUGCUUAUUAUAUGCUCAGUUAGAAGUGGAAGCAUCAGAAGGUGAUGUUGUUGGAGUCACUAGCCAGGCACUUCAUAUUUUAACCAAGUUAACAGAUGGUGGUCCCUAUGUAACCUACAGUGGUCAAGUUGCUCCUGUUGCAAUCCUUAAAGCUCGAAAGGUUUAUGAGCAUGCUGUUCUCAGUAUUUUGACAAAUAUUAGUUCCCAGAACACAUCUACUUCUUCGUCUGAUUUUAGACCUGACACGCUCACCAGCUUAAUUGGUUGCUUUGCUUUGUUUCAGUAUAUAACAGUGGGUCUGGAAGCAUCUGAUAAAAUCUUUGAACAUGCUUUAGAAGUUCUAUCACAUGUUCCCAGUCAGCUAAGUGUAGAAAUCUCACCCAACAAAUGGACUCAACCCAACGAGAUGGAAAAGCUCACAUUGAUGCGUGCCUUACAUCUAAGAUACCAUAUGAAGAUCAGCAAUUUCCCAUUAAAAACUCUUCGAGAAAUGCUCAUAGAUGCUUUGAAAUUGUUUCCUGGAAAUCACAGACUCUGGAAGUUGUAUGUAGAGGUUGAAAAUAAGUACCACAAUGCAAGCAGAUCCAGGAGGUUUUUUGAUAAUGUGGCAAAAAACACAAAAUAUAUUACACCCUGCCUCUUUGCUGUCUUUGCAGAGCAAAAGAGAAAAGAAAUGAUUGAUCACGUGCAAAGGGUUGGUGAUAGUGUCAUUUACUUAACCGUUCCAGAAAAUGGGCUGAGCAAUAGAAUAAGAGUGCUGUUUGAACAUGCUGUUUGUAGUGAGAAUGGUGCGCACUGCCCCUUGAUGUGGAGAAUGUACCUUUCCUUCAUGGUAGUGCAAGGUAAUAAAGAGAGAAGCAGGGGUGUAUUUUACAGAGCUCUGCAAAGCUGCCCCUGGACAAAGGCAUUGUAUUUAGAUGCAAUUGAAUAUUUCCCAGAUCAUUUUAAUGAAGUUAUUGAUCUUAUUGUUGAGAAAGAGCUUAGACUGCGGAUACCGUUGGAAGAAGUGGACCUUCUUCUUGAAGACUAAACUGUGCUGUAAUUGGGUUCCAGUGGACUGUUAGAGAGGAUCAUGGGUAGGAUUUAUCAAACUACUUGAUCACAGGUUCUCCAAAAUGGGAUUUGUUUCUCUGUUUUUCUUAUGAUGCAGAAAAGGAUGAAAAGUGUAUGUAAAUUGUAAAUAUGUUUGUAUAAAUGUGUUUGUACAGUACAUACAUACAUUAAAAGAUUAUUUUUGUCUUACUGACAAGUCAUAUUA